AUGGCCCAUCCUUUUGUUGCCAACUCCAACAUUCUCCAUCGCACUAUGGCAAGACAGCCUGACAAGGUCGUCUCCGCUAGUGGCGUUUCCCUCUUCCUCGAAUCUGGCAAAGAGGUUCUGGACGCUUCCGCUGGACCAGCCGUCUCGUGCCUUGGCUACGGAAGACCUGAAGUCACCCAGGCCAUCACCAACCAAGUUGAACAGCUUGCUUACCUAUACUCCGGUGCAAGUUUUACUUGCGACGCCACCGAAAGACUUGCCUCUGUCCUGUUAGAGGGCGAACCAGGGGGUCUCUCGAAAGCUAUCUUUGUGAACUCUGGAAGCGAGGCAACUGAUGCUGCUAUCAAGCUGGCGACACAGUAUUGGCAUGAACGAGGCAUGCCGCAGAAGCAACACGUUAUCUCAAGGAAACAAAGUUACCACGGUAAUACGAUUGGUGCGCUCUGCGUCUCAGGACAUGACUCUCGAAGGGCCAUGUACAAAAACUGGCUAUCGCACAAUGUUAGUUUUGUCGACCCUUGCUUUGCUUAUCGGCUCAAGAGUAAGGGUGAAACCGACGAGGAAUACGUUGCACGCUUGGCCAAUCAACUUGAAGAUGAAAUCCUUCGAGUAGGACCCGAGAACGUGUCGGCGUUUAUCGCCGAGACUGUCAGUGGAACCACGUUGGGAUGUCUCCCCGCCGUACCAGGUUACUUUACAGUGGUGCGAGAGAUUUGCGAUAGGUUCGACAUUCUGCUUAUUCUAGAUGAGAUCAUGUGUGGAAUGGGCAAGACGGGCACCAUGCAUGCCUGGGAACAGGAGAAUAUCUCGGGCCCGGACAUCCAGACCAUCGGCAAAGCCUUAGGUGGAGGCUUCAUUCCACUGUCCGGUGUGCUUCUACGCAACAAGAUUUUCGAAGCUUUGGCCAACGGGUCAGGCGGGCUGAUGCAUGGCCAUACAUUCCAGGCACACCCAGUAGCUUGCGCCGCAGCAUUGGAAGUACAGCGUAUCAUCCGGGACGAAGACCUACUAGGUAACGUGUCGCGAAUGGGCCAGGUACUCGAAAGACUGUUAAAGCAGCGCCUUGGCCAGCUAGACGUUGUCGGCGAUAUUCGUGGACGUGGUUUAUUCUGGGCCGUCGAGUUUGUUCAGGACAAGGGUUCCAAGACACCAUUUCCCCCCGGCCUGCGUUUUUGCCACGAGGUUGUAGAUGAAGCUCUUAACCUUGGGUUGAACAUUUUGGGUAACCUUGGUGCAACUGGGGAAGUUCAUGUCGAUCAUGUUAUAAUGUCCCCACCGUAUGUGGUCACCGAGCCAGAAUUGGAGCGGAUGGUGGGUAUCUUGGAGGAAGCUGUUGGAACGGUCACUUCGCGUGUCUGUCAUGCUAGAGACGCUCGACUGUGA